AAUAUUUGUUAGUCUACAGCUCGUGUAAACAGAACUGUUAUAGCUUCUUCUAGGACAGUGUUCUGCUCGCUCUGAUCACGAACUUGUAUUGCUCUGAUUAAAAUGAAUCAGAAGCGGACCACUAGAGUAAAACUUGCAUAGAUAAAGUAAAAUACAUUCCCAACAGAAUGAAUUUCACAAUAAAUGACAUUAGUGAAGGAUUGGAGCACAGGCCUAUUCCUUGUGAAGAUACAUCUGUCAGUGGUACGUUUCCUUUUCAGUUCAGGUAUGUGACAAGAAGUAUUCCUGGUCCAGGGAGUUCACUGAAAGAUUUCAAGGAACAGUUUCUGGGAUGCAGUUGUCAAAAUAAGUGUGAUAAAACAAGCUGUGAAUGUCUUCUUCAAUUUCAUGAAAGCUACAACAAAGAGACCAAGCAGCUUUUGCCAGAAGUGAUCAUGGGUACCCGUCUGAAACCAAUAGUUGAGUGCAACAGUAACUGCAGGUGUGACAGUGGUUGUGCCAACAGGUUGGUGCAGCAUGGCCCUUUUAUUAAACUCAAAGUUUGUAAAGUGGAUGAGAAAGGGUAUGGCCUUUUCACAUCAGAAAUCAUACCUCAACUAAGUUUUGUUUGUGAAUAUGCUGGGGAAAUCAUUGGAAUUAAAGAAGCUCAGAAACGACUGAAAGAAGCUGCAAAUGAUAUGAAUUAUCUCAUAGUCCUAAGAGAACAUUGUGCAUCAGGAAUGAGGCUGACUUGUGUUGACCCACGCCAUUUUGGCAAUGUGGGCCGUUUUUUGAAUCACUCGUGUGACCCAAACCUGGUCAUGAUUCCUGUGAGGGUGGAAAACUCUGUGCCGAGGCUGGCUUUGUUUGCCCGAAAGAAUAUCCUGGCAGGUGAGGAACUCACCUUUGAUUACAGUGGUGAGGCACUUUUCAACAGCACAAGUUCAACUUUUCAAAGCAUAAACAGUGCUGCACACACAGAAAACAAAGAUGUUCCCCAAGAACUUCAAUGUGAAGAGUCUAACCAUUUUAAUAUCACACAAAACAAUGUUUAUAAAUCUUUGAAAGAAAAACCAGUGAACAGUAGAAAGAGGAAAAGGUUGGGCUCUGCAAGAGGUGAUGACAUUCACUGUUCAGGUCGCAGUAGAAUCAUUGGUGACUUGGAUAAAAGUCAGGUUACUGAAACAGUAGCCUAGACAUACCUUUCCAGAGAAAACUUUGUUUGUGUGGCAGCCCAGUGUGUAAAGGAUAUCUUCCAUAUUCCGUGAAAAUGUUUAGUCAGUAAUUCAGUAUUUUCAAAAUUUAUUUUCCGCAUAUUUUUAAUUGACAAAGUCCUAGCUACACGUAAAUUCCAAACACGCAUAUACACAUGAUAUAAUGCCUCAUUAAAUUUUCAAUAAGCACACUGCUAAGGCAGAACAUGAGCAAUACUGAAACAAAAAUAACAACACCAGUAACAAAAUAAAUAUAAGGCACUUGUACUGCAUAUGUUUUGCUAUUUUGUUUAAAGAGUUCACAGCUGUUAUAAAAGUAACAUAAAAAAUAUGAUUACUUCAUUUUUAUGAGACAUUUUUUGUCACAGAAUGGAUCACAAAAUUUAGUGCAGGUUUGUAUUAUGCUGAACAGAUACCCCAAUCUAUAACUUUAUCAUGAAUAGUCAUAAUAAUCAGAGAACUUGUAUAGCACAUUUCCUCAACCUCACAGUGCUUUAUUAAAGGGACUUCAUGCUUCCAAAACUAUUUUAACUGGAUCUUUCAAGAAAUAUAAGCGUAGCUCACGACCACAAAAAAAGGAACUAUUGUAACAGCUUCGUGAAUAAACAAUACAGGUAAGAGGCAGCACAUUGGAUCUUAUGCAGCUGCUGCAAAAUCUUCAGUUUUUUGUUUAUCGAGCCAUGACAUUUCCCAAGCUCUUAGUUGUUGUGACCCUGGUGACUAAAGUGAUCUUGAAAAGUGAAGGUUAUGAGAUCUAUUACCAUCUUACCAUAGACUAUUACCAUCUGCUGCGGUGCAGAUGGCUUACACUUUACAAUUUUUUGUCAACAAAAAAUAGGGAGUUGGAGAACAUGAGCAAAUAUGUAAAUCAACAUGUGAAAUCUUUGAGAAGGAAUGAGAAUCCUCCACAUUCUUCUAGGAUAAAGCUGUUUAAUAUUACACUUGUUACUUUUCCCCUUAUGUGCUGUUUCCUUCUUUGUUAUACCUAUAUACAGAAAAUCUUAUUAAUAUCAUCUGCUUAUUGUCAUUUGGAACAGACCUUUACUGUGACAACAAAUGGGCUUGAGUGUAUUUUUUUUUCCUAAUCCUGCCACUUUGCCAGUAUUGGUACAUAGCAGAUUUGUAGUACCAUAUAGCCUUGCCAAGAAAGAGAAUUUCUAUGUAACAAAAGACAGCUAUGUAAAUAAAAUUGCAGGACAAAACUGUUUUAUGUACAUAACCUGGAAGACAUGAUUUCCACAACUCACUGGUCUCCAAUGCAAAGAAACAACUUUACCCAACCAUAACCUCUUGUCAAACUAAUUAAUCCCAUCACCAGAACUUCGGAAAUUUAAGCACAAUUGCUAAAAGUAAGCUAUUCCAGAAGGGGUUUACUGCCCACAAAAAUAAAGUCACAUUCUCUAUCAAUCUAAACAUAUCCUGUAAGACAAAAACAACUACCUGCAAACUUUUCACAGAACUAUUAACAGUUUGUAAGAAAGUGUUUUGAAGGAGCAAAUGCUUUUUUUGUGAGAACUAUGUUUCAUGUUAGUAAUACCAGGAUAGCAGUUUGUGCCAGUUUAUGUAUUAAAAAAUCAACAAUAA